UCAACUUGCCCAAAAGCGAGUUUAUUACCACACACUGGUACACUUCAGAUAAUUGGAGGAAGAGAUACCGGAGAGGAGCGUGGCCUGUUUUUUCUGUUCUCUCUGGUCGCUCUAGUCUUUCUCCAGUCAUUCCUCCCUCGCAUCGCUCUCUGCAAAAACCCCGAUCCAUCGCUGCAUCGAUUGAAUUCUGGGUUUUCUCCACCUACCUAGAUUCUAUUUGAAUUUUUCAAAAUUUCAGAGCUAGUAGAAGGUGAAUAAAAAUUGAAUGUGGAGAUCCGCUUCCAUGUUUGCCCCGCACAUUUCUCGCUUUCUCUCCCUAGUCCUGCUUUCCCUCUUGUUAUUGGGGGAUAGGUCAAAUGGGGCUCCUUUCCAGAAUCUUAGAAGCGGGAAUUCAUCCGUAUUUUCUCUGUUUAACCUCAAAGAGAAAAGUCGGUUCUGGAGUGAGUCUGUCAUACGCAGUGACUUUGAUGAUUUGGAGUCAUCUAGCCCGGGCAAAUUUGAAGCCAUCAACUACACCAAGGCAGGUAAUAUUGCAAAUUAUUUGAAGCUUUUGGAAGUUGACUCGAUGUACCUUCCAGUGCCUGUAAACUUUAUUUUUAUCGGAUUUGAAGAGAAUGGGAACAAAGAAUUUAAGCUAAACACUGAAGAGUUAGAGCGCUGGUUCACAAAAAUUGAUCAUAUUUUUGAACACACGAGGGUUCCAAAAAUUGGAGAAAUCCUGACACCGUUUUACAAGAUCAGUGUGGAUCGAGAACAACGUCACCAUCUUCCCCUAAUAAGUCACAUAAAUUACAACUUUUCUGUCCAUGCCAUCCAAAUGGGUGAAAAAGUCACAUCCAUAUUUGAGCGUGCUAUUGAUGUCCUUGGUCGCACGGAUGAUAUAUCUGGUACCAGGGAUGAUGGAGUAGGUCAUUGGCAAGUUGAUGUUGAUAUGAUGGAUGUUGUCUUCACUAGCCUUGUGGAGUAUUUACAAUUGGAAGAUGCAUAUAACAUCUUUAUUUUGAACCCAAAGCGUGAUGCCAAAAGAGUUAAGUAUGGUUAUCGGAGAGGCUUAUCUGAGUCUGAAAUAAACUAUCUGAAGGAGAAUAAGGCCUUGCAGGCAAGAAUUCUUCAGCCUGCAAGUAUUCCGGAGAGUGUUCUUGCUCUUGAUAAGAUCAAAAGGCCUUUGUACGAAAAGCAUCCUAUGGCAAAGUUCUCCUGGACUGUAAUGGAGGAAACUGACACGAUAGAGUGGUAUAAUAAGUGCCUGGAUGCAUUGAACAACGUCGAGAGGCUGUAUCAAGGGAAAGACACAGCUGAUAUAAUACAAAGCAAAGUUUUGCAGCUUUUGAAUGGGAAAUAUAAUGAUUUGAAGCUUAUCUCAGAAAAAGAUUUGAAGUCUGGGGACUUUAGUGGCUUUCAUGCUGAAUGUCUCACAGAUACAUGGAUUGGAAACCAAAGGUGGGCAUUCAUUGACUUGACUGCGGGCCCUUUUUCAUGGGGACCUUCCGUAGGCGGAGAAGGUGUACGCACAGAACAAAGCCUACCGAAUGUGGAGAAAACAAUUGGUGCAGUUGCAGAAAUUUCCGAAGAUGAAGCAGAAGAUCGCUUACAAGAGACAAUACAGGAGAAGUUUGCUGUAUUUGGUGAAAAAGAACAUCAGGCUAUUGAUAUCCUUCUUGCUGAAAUAGACAUAUAUGAGCUAUUUAGUUUCAAACAUUGCAAGGGAAGGAAGGUCAAGCUUGCACUUUGUGAAGAGCUUGAUGAGCGCAUGCAAGAUUUGAAAAAUGAGCUCCAGGCUUUUGAGGGUGAGGAAUAUGAUGAAAGUCAUAAGAGAAAAGCUAUGGAGGCAUUGAAACGCAUGGAGAACUGGAAUUUGUUCAGUGAUACUCAUGAGGACUUCCAAAAUUACACGGUUGCACGUGAUACUUUCCUUUCACAUCUGGGGGCAACACUGUGGGGUUCGUUGAGACACAUAAUUUCUCCCUCUCUUGCAGAUGGUGCAUUCCACUACUAUGAGACAAUUUCCUUUCAGUUGUUUUUCAUCACUCAAGAGAAAGUAAGACAUAUUAAGCAGUUACCUAUUGAUCUGAAGAGUCUGAUGGACGGCCUUUCAUCGCUGGUGUUACCUUCACAGAAAGUUCAGUUUAGUCCACACAUGUUACCACUGUCCGAGGAUCCUGCUUUGGCGAUGGCAUUUUCAGUGGCUAGAAGAGCAGCUGCUGUACCUUUGUUACUUGUGAAUGGAACAUAUAGAAAAACUGUUCGUUCAUAUCUUGAUUCUUCUAUUCUUCAGCAUCAGUUGCAGAGGCUAAAUGAUCAUGCUUCCUUGAAAGGGUCGCAUGCACAUAGCAGGUCUACGCUGGAAGUCCCUAUUUUUUGGUUCAUUCACGGUGAUGCUUUACUAGUCGACAAGCAUUAUCAGGCAAAAGCGCUCUCUGAUAUGGUUAUUGUUGUCCAGUCAGAGCCAUCAUCCUGGGAAAGCCAUCUGCAAUGCAAUGGACAGUCACUUCUGUGGGACUUGAGGAGGCCUACAAAAGCUGCUCUAGCUGCAGUCUCGGAACAUCUCGCUGGGUUGCUUCCUCUUCAUCUUGUUUAUAGUCAAGCCCAUGAAACUGCAAUUGAGGAUUGGAUAUGGUCAGUGGGUUGUAACCCAUUGUCUGUCACCUCCCACGGGUGGCAUAUCUCUCAGUUCCAGUAUGAUACUAUAGCUAGGAGCUAUAUACUCACAACUCUUGAGGAAUCAAUACAAGUUGUGAAUUCAGCCAUUCAUCUUCUUGUCAUGGAGCGUACUUCAGAACAGACUUUCAAGCUCUUCCGUUCCCAGGAGCGUGAGUUGGUGAACAAGUAUAAUUAUGUUGUUAGUCUCUGGAGAAGAAUAUCAACUGUUACUGGCGAACUACGAUAUACCGAUGCCUUGAGGCUGCUUCACACUCUAGAGGAUGCAUCAAAAGGAUUUGCUGAUUACGUGAAUGUAACUAUAGUGAGCCUGCAUCCGAUUCACUGCACUAGGCAGAGGAAAGUCGAGGUUGAGUUUGACUCGACUACAAUUCCUGCCUUUUUGGUUGUUAUACUUAUCCUUUGGUUUGUAUUAAAGCCAAGACGACCAAAGCCGAAGAUCAACUGACAACAUCACUGAAUAUAUGCCGCAAAGUCGAGCACAUGUUCUUUAGGCAUCAAAAGGGGAGAAGAGCACAUGCCACCUUAUAGUUGUUGAGAACAGAGGAUAGGCCUAGUUAGAUUUUCAGAACUGUUCUAGCCGUAAUGAAGGGCAGCUUCUCUAAUUGUAAAAUUUUUUCAUCAUACAAUAUAUAGAUUUUGCAUUCCUCUGGUGAAAAUUUUUAAGAGAUUUUGCAGUUUUGUGAUUGAGGGCAUGCCUCUUUUACUGCGGCAAAGCGUUUCUGUGUAUUGGUUGUGAUUUCAAUCAUAAUUCUCUAAUGCCAAGAAUGCAAGACGACUCCUAACAAA